GUGACGCAAGCGGGAGACGAGCCCGGGAAUCGGAGAGGUGCGUGACGAAGCCGCGCGAAGCUGUUAGAGCCGUUGGGGGACACACUGUGGAUAAAUGUAGACCAGGCUUCACGUGCCGCCCCCUUGCCGUGUUUUAUGUGCUGCCCUUGGCUGCAGGUCUGUUGGUGUUCCUGGAGUCCUGGGAGCUGUCAUUGGCAAAGGGGAAGAGACCCCUUUUCCUGAAGAGGAACAAUUGCCUUUCUCCCAUACAUAACAUUCCAUCCGAGAGGCUCUGGGGUAGGACCCUGCCAGCCCCAGGACGGGGAUAGGCUCCAGCACGGAUCUGGAGGAUGCUGUGACCAGAAGAUGGACUCACCAGGCAACAGCAGUGCCUCUGAGGCCUCGCCGUACGGGAGAUAUGAGCCUCGGUACAGUGAGGAAGAUGAUGAUGUGGACCUGGCCUAUUUCCUUCCCAGGUCUCUCCACAGGGGCCAGGUGAGACUGGUACAGGGAGGUGGUGCAACCAGCCUGCAGCUCAUCCAUACGCUCUCUGACUCAGAUGAUGACAAUGACAGCCCUUGGGAGGGUCGUCUUGGUGACAGAUACAAUCCACCUGUGGACUCAAACCCUGACACUCGAGAGCUGGAAUGCAAUGAGAUCAAGACCCAGGUGGAGUUGGCCACAGGACAAUUGGGAUCGAGUAGGAUAGUGCAAGAGCACAGCUUUCCUCGGAUGCUGCACCAGAGAGAACGAGGCCUCUGCCAUCAUGGCAGCUUUUCUCCUGGAGAGCGAUCCCGUGUAGUGUCUCAUUUCUUGCCCAACUACUUGAGCUUCACUGACUCCUAUUUUCAUAAGGCUUUCUGUGGUGUCUACAGCAAGGAUGGUCAGAUCUUCAUGUCUGCUUGCCAAGACCAGACAAUUCGCCUGUAUGACUGCCGCUUUGGCUGCUUCCAUAAAUUCAAGAGCAUCAAGGCCCGGGAUGUAGGUUGGAGUGUUCUAGAUGUAGCCUUUACUCCUGAUGGCAACCACUUUCUCUAUUCCAGCUGGUCCGAUUAUAUUCAUAUCUGCAACAUCUACGGGGAGGGAGACACACACACUGCCCUGGAUCUGAGGCCAGAUCAACAUAGUUUCAUUGUCUUCUCCAUUGCAGUCUCUUCAGAUGGACGAGAGGUGCUAGGAGGUGCCAAUAAUGGAUGUCUCUACAUCUUUGAUCGAGAACAGAACCGCCGUGUAUUGCAGAUGGAAUCCCAUGACAAUGAUGUAAAUGCAGUGGCUUUUGCUGAUACAAGCUCCCAUAUCCUGUUCUCCGGGGGAGAUGAUGCCAUUUGCAAAGUUUGGGACCGGCGCACCAUGCGUGAAGAUGAUCCCAAGCCUGUGGGCGCACUGGCUGGGCAUCGAGAUGGCAUCACUUUCAUUGACAGCAAGGGUGAUGCCCGGUACCUCAUCACCAACUCCAAAGACCAGACCAUAAAACUCUGGGAUAUACGGCGCUUUUCAGGUCGAGAAGGCAUGGAAGCUUCACGACAGGCAGCCAUCCAAGAAUACUGGGACUACCGUUGGCAGCAGGUGCCUAAGAAAGCCUGGCAGAAACUGAAGCUCCCUGGGGACAGCUCUGUGAUGACAUAUCGGGGUCAUGGUGUGCUCCAUACCCUCAUUCGCUGCCGCUUCUCCCCUGCCCACAGUACUGGCCAACGUUAUAUCUACAGUGGUUGCUCUACUGGCAAGGUCGUCAUAUAUGACCUCCUCACUGGCCAAAUUGUGAAGAAGCUGGCCAGCCACAAGGCCUGUGUACGGGACGUCAGUUGGCAUCCCUUUGAGCAGAAGAUUGUCAGCAGUUCGUGGGAUGGCAACUUGCGCCUGUGGCAAUACCGUCCAAUUGAAUACUUCAGGGAAGACUUGCUGAAUUCUGAUGACUGUCCCACCACCACUCCACCAUAUGCCACCUUUGGAGCCUAUUCUACUUCCCAGUAAUUCUUGCCUGUCAGUAUGGACUGAUCUGUGCAGCCCCAAGGGGAAUCACCUCCUCUUUCUUCUCUCUCCUCAGGGAGAUCUGUGGAGGAGCCAAGAAGGUUAGAGGAUGAAGAGCAGAAACCCUAGCUUUUCCACCCUGACUGCACUCUGGGCGAGGGCAUCCUGUCCUUUUAGGCUGAGUUGUGUGGCCAGGCCUCCAUCCCACCCCAGGGCAGGCAGGAUGGACAACUCUAGAAAAUUAAAGAGAGGUCAUCCUCUGGUAGUUAUUUAGGUAUGGUUCUAGCCGGGCAAGGAAUGCUUAUUUUUUAUAAUCAUGUUUGGAUUCUGAGACGUGGUCAGUAGACUAGUGUUCCUGGGCUAGGUCUAAACGGGUUGGCCAAUCAGAGUCUGAUUACCCUUGCCUGGCCCAGUAGCGUGGACCUUCAAGUUGAAGGCCAGACUAGCCAUUUCAGAAGGUGGCUUUGCCCACCACUGCUCUCCUUUUUUCAUAAUGACCAGAAUGUCAUUCCUUCUUAGGCAAGGAGUAAAGCUGUUCCCUCAGGCUGGGAAUCUGCUCUCCCUCAUUGUGUCUUUGAAGUAGGAGGUGCUACAGUGUAGGAAGUCUUAAGGCCCCCAUCUUAAUCCUAAUGGAACUGACUCUCUUCAGUUUGUAUCCCCUCAGGACUGUUGGGUAGGGGAACUAGGCAGGUUAAAGUGGGGGUUCUUCUGUCUUACACUUACUUUAGCUCCCUCAAUAAAGUUUCCUCAGAAAUUUGA